AUUAAACCUUCUUCACUCAGACGAGUAGCAACAAUUGUUUACCCCUUAAUGUAACAUAUAUUAUUUACAUUUAAACUCCGAGAAUCUUCAAAUACCGCCAAAGCCGUCAUAGCUGCAGUCCCCUUUUUAUUUUGAGGCAAGUGCGCUCACGUGACUGCAAAUCUAUUUGUCAAAAAUAAUUGCGUUCCAGGACAGGCAACGAGCUGAAAAAAUCUGUUUGACCUUUGUGAAGAAAAGGUGGUUCAAGUAGAACACCACAGUAGAAGGAAAUAGUGAAUGAGAACUAGAAGUUUAUGGACCAUACUUUGACGUAAAAUAAUGAUCCAAAUCCUAAUAACUUUUAUACCCUCACUAUGUUGGAUACUUUAUCGAUGUUAUCAGAUCUUGAGAACUCCAGUAGAAGAGAUCAUUCAAGAUUUAAGUAUUGAAAUACCUCAUCGUCCUAAUGUAUACAUUGAUUCUAUUAAUGAAACUAGUGUAGUAUUACAUUGGGAUAUUGAUAGAAUUGUAGGUGAGAAUUUAUAUUAUGUCAUUGUAAUAAAUGGUCAAGAAGUUGCCACUAUUACUAGUACAUCAUGUAAAUUGAAUAGCUUGGAACCAAAACAAUUAUAUCAAAUAGAAGUUAUAGCUAUUAAUAGUAUAACCAAUUUUAAAUCUCAAUCUAAACUUGUAUUAAUCCAAACGUUUGAUAAAGAAGAUCCUAAAUUUUCAUUCGCUAACGAUGAAGAAAUGCUCAAUCAAGAUUCCUUUGAAGAAACAUUUACUAAAAACAUUAUUGCAUCCACAAAUAUUGAUACAUCAAAUAUUACUGAUAGUAAAGAUUUCGAUCACGCAACUAAUGAAAUAGUGGAGAAUCUUACAGUUGAAAAGAUUCAAAACAUUUCUGAUCCAGAUAUUUUAAAUGACUAUUUACGUAUUCUACAAAAUGAAGUAAUAAAAAUUAAUUUGGAAUAUAAAAAUCAUCAAGCAUCUUUAACAAAAGAAUUAGAUAGUCUCCAGAUAGAAUAUAAACUUCAUAAACAAGAAUAUGACGAAGAAACAGACAAUAAAGCAAAGAAAGAUCUGAAUGUUAAAUCAUUAGAAAAGUCAAAGGACAAGUUGACCUUUCAAAAAUCAAAAUUAAUUAAUCAAAAGAAUGCAUUAAGUUCUUCCAUUGAAUUAUUACAUAAAAAAUUAGAUGAGUAUCAAGUAAAAGUCAAAAAGUUAACUGAAAGAAAUACUAUUCAUCUAAAAAAUGAAAAAAAUGAUAUUAAGAAGAUUCAACAAGAAAUUUCCAAAACUGAAGAAUCCAUUAAGAAUGUCAAGGUUGAAAAUGAUUUACUAGAAGAACAUUCAAAGACUUUACAAAUUGAAAAGAAAGAAUUAUCUGUGUUACUUUCUCAAAUAAAGCCACUUGUAGAUAUCAUUAAUUCACCUUUACCAAACGAAGAUUCUGUGGGCCACCCUCCAUCAAUUAAUUAUCAUUCAGCAAAUAAUUCUGUGACAAAUUUGGUCGCACAAUCAAAUCCUUCAUCAUCAUCUCCAUCCCCAGCACCUGUCCAAGCUGCCUUGGCUAAUAAUGCUACUCUCUUUAAUAAAGAUGGAAGUAUUAAUAAAGUUAUUCUUGAUACUUUAGUGAAAUUAUUUGAGAUUGUACCAUCUUGGGAAGAUGAAAUUAUGAGAGAAAUUCAUACUUGUCAAACAUUGGAGAAUAAUUGGAAAGAAUCUUUUCAACUCGCUAUUAAAAAGUAUGUUUCUAUGCAUCAAUCAUUACAAAUUGCAAAACAAAAUAAAGAUAAACAAUAUCAACCUGUUAAAUUAACAGAAUAUCAAGCUUCAAUUGACUUUGGAGGAUUUGCGAAUGCAUUACCAAAGGUCAAGUAUGGAACUCUUUCAAAGAGAAAUUUUUCUCCUUCACUGGAGGAUAAUUAUGCACAAGCAUUUUCUAACAAAAACAUAGUUAACAGUGUUAAUAAUGUUAAAUCAACUGUUAAUGUUGAUGGAGGUAAUACCAAUAAUAAUAAUAAUAAUUUUACUCCAGUUAAUGCCAAUACAACUAAUAAUUUAACUAACUUUUACAGUCAUUACAGUCAAGUGUACACUCCUGAAGCUGAUGUAAUUGAUAAUUCCAUUGACCAAAUUUCAGAUUUGGAGCAUCCACAACCAUUACAGCAAUAUCAAAGCAUUGAUCAGUAUCAAUUACAGUCUCUGUUGGUUAAUCAACAGCAGCAAUCUCAAGUACUUCAAUCUCAACCAUUGUACGAUCAAAUGAAUUUAGAACAAUAUAGAUCUGCAUUUGAACCAAUUCUUGAACCGGUAUCGUCAGCAUAUCAAUCUCCUCCCACAUUACAAGUGGAUACCCAUCAAUAUUUCGGCCCAACAGCUACAAGUGCAAAUCAGUUUGAUAACUCAUCGUAUGCGUUACUUCAAGGUCAGCAAAACACGCAUAUUACGCCAGGCCUUACACAAUCUCAAUCACUUGGAUUUCCUUAUGAUGACCUGAUCUAUACCACUGAAAUUCAAUCACCAAAUGGUGAUGCACAAUCUUUUAAUCUAGCAUACAAUUCACAGAACUUAAGUACAAGCGCCAUUGGCGGUGGUACUAGUUCUUUGUAUAAUUAUACUUCUCCAAUCAUGGCUCGUCCUACUUUAACAGGAACUCCAAUUAGUACAACUGCCAGUCUUGCUACUGGUACAGGGAAUAGUAAUAUGUGGAGUGCAAAUAAUUUAUCAAUGUUUGGUAAUAAUCCUUCUUCCACUACUGAUAAGUUAACUACACCAUCGAUUAAUUCAACAAAUGACUUUGUCUUUAACAAUGCAGGUGGGGAUUCUACCCAUUCAGCCGGUGCAACAAGUGCUUCUUCAUUUUUCAUGACACCCACAUCGUCAUCAUCAAAGAGUAUUUGGACAGAUGACCCCAAUGAACUCACGAGCUCUACGUCAACAGUUAUCGCAUCUACAACUGGAGGGUUACAACCAAGUCAAUCUCAUCACACUAGAACUGUGUCCAGUAAUAGUCAAAUUUGGAGAAACGAUACUGGUGCUAGUAAUACCAAUCAUCUCUUCAAUUUAGGAGGUGUUUUCGGCAAUUCGAACUUAAGUUUACAUUUGCCGCCUAAUCUUUCAACUCCACAAAGUUCCGGUACAAAUGGGUUAUAUGGUAAUGUUGCCGGUACUACGAAUUCGGGAUCCACAAAUAUAUCUAGUGGAAGCAAUGGAACUACAAGCUUUCCAACAACUUUUGGUCAACCUUUGCAAUCUCGGAAUGAUGAAAAGGAUUCUUCUACAUAAUCGUAAUAGUACAUUCGGUGUGCUAUUGCGCCUCUUUUGCACUUUUAAAGUCACUCUUAUAUAUCGCAUAGAAUAGCAUGUAAAUAAGAACUAAUACAACAAAACGGUAUGGUAUUAACACAUGAUUUAAGCCUUAAAUGAAUGUAGAACAAUAGAGUUAUAAAAAUG